GACUAUUUCUACUAGGUCACGUGAUUUCAUAGCAAGGAUGCUGCUUUCACGGACCGACCGGACCGAAACGCCACAUCGCGCUGGGGUUACAGCUUUACUAGAGGUCCGUGAAGGCAACAGGGCUAGCAUAGGGGUAUUUUUCGUAUGUCACACUACGUUUGGUCUAGUGACUAGCAGCUGUGGCUGAAAUUAAUAUGGAAACACUUCCCGGGACAGUACUAACACAUGUGACUACAAGUUAAAGCUGUAGUCCGUCCAACUCCAAUUUUGUUACGCCAGAGUAUUAAUAUGGAAAGCGAAAGCUGCAGCAGGGUCCCGGGAGGUGUGGUGACUGCUUGAGGAAGUGGAUCAGAGAUGCUGUGGCCGUCAUGACUGCUUUCAUUUGGAUGCUCACAUGGCUGCCUCUGGUCUUGCCAGCUAUGAGUGCACUGCCGCCGCCUGUCAAUCUUAUCCUGAUCUCAAACCAUUUUAGACAUAUGUUAAAAUGGGGGCCUGGACCGGGGACACCCACAGGAGCCUACUACAGUGUUGCCAUUCGCACAGACAAGGGAACAUCAUGGGUGCCAGUGGCAGGCUGUGAGCGUGUCCAGCACCCAUUGGUAUGCAACCUGACUGAUGCCUUCUCCAACCCAACAGUAUCCUACUUUGCUCAGGUUACAGCACUGUUGGGACCACAGUCCUCACUACCUGCCAACCACCCAGAAUUUAAACCCAUCAAAGACACUCAUUUGGACCUGCCACUGCUGACUGUGACAUCAUGUGGCAGAAACAUGUGUGUGGACCUUCAACCUCCCAUGGAACAUCUUAGGGAAACCUAUAACACUCUUCAUUACAAACUUAAAAUUAUGAGCAGCGGUGCAGACAGAGCCCAGUUUAAGGACAUCCGGUCUCUGGAAAGACAGAUUGUGGAAGAUGUGGCCCCUGGCAGACAGUAUUGUGUCUCAAUCUGCUUCGCAGACGGCCUCGAAUCCAAAGAGUCCAACUACAGCCAGCCUAUUUGUGCUUUCACCCCUAGCAUCUAUACUGCAGACCCGUGGAUUUCAGCUGUAUUGUGUUCAUUGGUGGUGUUUGGUGUGAUUUGCCUGGCCCUGCUGGCCAGUACCGGUUUCAUCUGUCUGAAAGGGGGGCCACUGCCACUGGUCCUGACAUCUCUCCAUCACAUCGAAGAGGUUCCUGUCAUUGUGCCCUACAGCACAGCUUUCUCAUCCUCCUUGAAUGGCCAACCAACACUGCCCUCUUCAGGUAAAAAGAGGAGCAGCCUAUCAUUGUCAAGUGACAGUGAUGAGGAAUGUGGAACGGAGAGCAUUGGAGGAGGUUAUAAACUGCAGGUGGGAAGAAACCUCUUGUCUUCCUCCACUUCGUCUUCAUCAUCUUUGUCAGAUGUGUUAUCCCCUGAACCUGAACCACAGCCAAGCUUCUCAUCAGAGCACACAUCAGACUCCUUCAUUUCAAAACUUGAAGCCCCAGUUUCAGCAGAGACACAUUCUACUGCUAGUUCAAACAAUAUGACUGAGCCAAAUAUCAAGGAGAAGGAGGUGGUGGGAGAGGAAGGCAGCCAGGAUGUGAACCUCCUCACAUUAAUCUUUGGCAGGCGUGAACAGGAGGAGAAGGAGCAGGAAUCUCAUCUGGAUGUGGCAGAGGUUGAGCCACAGUCUCCCUCAGAGGAGAGAAACAUCACUUCAGUUCAACCCUCACAAACUUGGGAUACUAGGGAGCAUGCCAUAGAAAAGGUUUCCUGCUCUGUUGAUGAAGAGGAGCACUUUGGAUAUAUGGGCCGUCCAUGUACAGUUGUCUUGUAGAAGUUCUUAUAGAAGUCUGGCUGGACAUUCAGUGUGUUUGCAGAAUGGCGUAAUAUGUUAAACCCAGUUUUCCAAAAUCAGACUGUGCAGUCUGUGUGGAGGUCUAAACUCAUCUCCAUUUGUUGAGUCUAGACACUGAAAGCUGAUAGUUUGUUGAGUAAUUACAAGGUGGCCAUAUUCUACUCACACUGACCCUGUGCUGGAAAACGUACAGUUUGAAGUGUUGUCUUUUGUUUUUCUAACAACUUCAGUUGUUUCAUAUUUUUCUGAUAAAACCGUUUGUUUCAGAGGUGUUGUCUAAAACUUUUCAGUGAGUUUCAUGCAAGUUGUACAAUCAGAUUUGGUCUUAAGCAGCAUGUGGGACUGGUUUAAGGAGCCUCGUCACAUACAUCACAUUUCUCAUCGCUUUUCUUGGACAUGAACAAAAUUUGAGUGGUCCAGACAUGUUGUCCAUCAACAGCCUGAAUGUAGUGUGGCCUGUUUUGUUUAAACUCUGCCACCGUAAUGGGGCUUCACUUCUUGACUCGCAUGUGGAACAGUCUAAAUCAUAUCUCCACAGUCACACAAACUGUUACCUACAGUAAUUCUGGCUGAUUUAUUCUCACUUUUAACGUCCAACAAGCAAGGUGACAUUUGUAAGUCUAACUGUACCAGUGCGCACACACUCCUAGGACGGGCGGUUAUCAUCCUCUAUAUAACCAUGAUGCAUCCAAAAAUAAUGAUAUAGAACAUUAAACUGUCAGCUCACACUUCAAAGGAGUGGCAUUGUGCUUCCAUCAGGCCUACAGGCAGUUCAGUGUUUAUAAGGUAAUGCCUCUCACCAUGGCAGCUGUUUCAGGGUCAUGGUAUAUGCUAAGAAUUUCCAAUUUAAUAUCUCUGUGACCGUCCUGUCUCUUGACUGCCUCGCAGCUAAGCCAUGGCCAGCUUUGAUUUAAGUCCCCUUCCGACAUACAGAUGGGUGCCGAUUGAAAGGAAAGCUCCACAUAAAGUGACUUAGGAAGGUGUUGGGCCACCAGGUGCUGUCAGAACAGCUUCGGUACACCUUGACAUUGAGCCACCAGGUCUCUGAACACCAUUCUUCCAAAAGAUAUGACCCCUCGUGCCCUAUGGAUGGGGUCACUGUCAUUCUGGAAAGAGGCCACUCAUUUAUUCAGGCUUCUCCUUUACUCAAGACUCUGUGUUUAUUGUCAUGUGCACAGUGAGGAAACAUGUUUCACUGUACAAUGAAAUUCUUACUUUGCUGUCCACAAUGAAUGCCAAACAAUGUAAGGUGAAAUAUAAGGUAGAUCAAUAGUACACAAAGUCUAAAGGCAAUUAUAAACAGCAAGGGGAGACCAAUGCUACAUCGGAACUGGAUGUGCAAUAGGCAGCAGUGAGUGUGCAAUUAUGCAUGUGCAGAUGUGCACGUGCAAACAGUACAGGUGGAAUUACAUAAAGUAAUUCCUGAUUAUAAACUCCUUCAGCUGUUGAGGAGUCUAAUGGCAGUUGGAAAGAAAUCUGUCUGCAUUUGAAAUAACAUCACUUUGAGUUAACUGGUUUGAUAUCUGUUAUACUGUGUGUGUGUGUGUGUGUGUGUGUGUGCUUGGGCGUGUGAAUGGGCAAAUAGUGUGAAAGUGCUUUGACUGUGCUGCAAUACAUAGAAAAGCACUGUACAAGUAUAAGACUAUUUAUCGACAAAAUCAACCAUACUUUAUAUUUUGAUUCAUUUUGAAUUGAUUUAUCAUUUGAGUCAUUUGCUAGACAUUUCCUGUGAGGACGUGCUGCUCGUCUUUUGAUAGUAAACUGAAUAUCUUUGGUUCUUGUAGGUUGGGCAAAGCAAGGCAGCUUUUUUUAUAUUGCAAAUUUCAUACACAGAGGUAAUUCAAAGUGCUUGACAUGGGCAAAGAAAAGCAUUAACAUCAUUAAAAACAAUGAGCAUUAAAACCAGAAUAAAAUCAGCCAAGUUAAAAUGAAGACAAAUGAACAAUGAAAACAUUGUUCAAAUGAGAUAAAAUACAUGCAAUGAAAAUAAAAACAAAUGGUGUACUAUGCCUGAAAUGCAGUAGCUAUACAUCACUUUUGUGAAAAAUUACGCAGGUGACUCACUAGUGCCGAAGCAGCUUUGUGUUGGGUUACACAUGAAAUCAUCACACGUACAUCUUUGAAUGAUGAUGAAAUUGAGUGGGAAUGUUAGUGACAGAAUGUUACAUGGCCUGUACAGUUUAUGAUUACAUGGAUGCCUUUUUUCCAUAUUUACUUAACUUGUCAUGGUCCGUGUACAGUUCAUGUGUGUGAAGUUAGCACUUGUAUUAUUACAAGUGUCGGUAUGCAGCUAAGAAAUACUGUAUAAUGAAAUUAGUUAUGUAUUUGUGACAUUUUUUUUAUUUUUAUACUGACUGUAAAAUCUUGCAGUUAAAUCUGUCAAGCUAUUCAAAAAGACUGUAUUACUGAGUUCUCAGCCAUAAACAUGUACAUUUCACAAUAAUAAACAUUAAAUAGU